CUCGAUAGUGCGAUGAACGUCUUUUUCUGGAGCUUGGUUUUAAUUUGUGCGGUGGUUCUAGUACAGGCAGGAAGACAUGCAAAAAAGAAAGUCAAAAUCAAAUCCAUAAAAGUCAGAAAAAACUCUGCUCCGAUUAAAAUUUAUAUUACCAAAAAUUCAAGAAGGACACAAAUUAUCCGGUGUUGCGGAUUCAAAAGAUGUUUACCAACGAGGAACAGAUCCUCUAAUAAGACAAGCAAACACGACAGAAUAACUCCAACAUUCCCGCUAAUAAAUACGGACGGCGAAACAGGAAGCAGCUCCGACCUGCUGCCGACUGAAAUUGAUCAAACCGCUGAAACGACUGAAAUUACGGCUACUCAAGAUACAAGCACAGCAUUUGUUGAGUUCAGCACGCCUGAAAAAACUGAGCCAACUAUUUAUGAUGUCAUCACGAGCGACGUUUCGACGAUUAAGGCUGAAGUCACAAUUUUAACAACAGCAUCACCAAUAAUCGAUGACACUACGAGUUUCAUCUCGACCUUUGAGAAAGCAACCAAUUCAACAACAAAAACAAUUACGUCAACGGCAACCACUUCAACAGUAGCACUAACAACAACAAAAAUUAUUUCGCCUUGUCUCGGAACGUGCGAAGAUUUCAACAAUUUUCUUUCAAAACACUCGACAAAUAAUGUUCCAUUGCAGAUAUCAGAUGGUGCAGUGCAAAAUGCAACAUCAUGCAGGAGGAAGUUUUAUGUUUCCAAUGUGGCUGUUUCAAGAGAUGAAGCUGGAUUACGUUGCAAAGCGUUAAACAUGUCGCUCCUAGCCAUCGGCUCCCUUGGGGAAAUGGACUGUUUAGCCACCUUGACAAAUGGAACAUUUUGGUCAAGUGGCUCGAACGUAGAUAUAAAUUGUCAGCAGAAAAAGCGGUAUGAGUGGUGCUCGACGAAUGAGAACAUUUCUUCAACGAUGGUUUCCUCGGACAAAUUUUGGCUGCCAACAACCACAACCCCUAACAUCAUGGAUGAGCGUUGUCUGGCUCUGGACAACUCGAAAAAAGGGAUGGUGCACAGAAAUUGCGAAGAUGCUUUGCCUUUUAUUUGUCGAUUUCAGUUAGACUGCCCAAAAACAUGCACGAAAAACGAAUCACUGUUCGACUCAGCCGGAAAUUUGAUAAGCAUGAACUUGAAUCUGUUUUUUUUAUAAUUUUAAGGUUAAAUAUUCAUAUAGAUAAAACAUCAUACGGAAUUUGGAUCGAUAUCGGCAACCACACGUAUCUCUUGGGAAAUAAACCGAUGCAUUGGGAAGAAAACUACCACCAGUGUUGUGCUUUAGGAAUGGAAGCUCUCAACUUGGAAGACGCUUUCGAGCAAGAAGGUUUGACCAACCUGACCGUUGGCAUCAAAUCAGCUGACUGGAAGGCGAAUUUCAAUUACUGGACUUCGGGUCUGCGGCAGGGGGCUUCUGUGGGCCGGUGGGUGUGGUGCAAACCCGAUGGGCCCACAGUUUUCCCUUCAGAUCUGAAAUGGGAGCGUGGGCAGCCUGACAACGCAGCAGGAUAUGAAGACUGCGCCCAUUUCCGCUUCGUUCUGAAUUCCACUGGCACAAUCAUAACGGACCGAAACUGCAUGCAAAGAUACAUUUUUGCUUGCAAAAUGCAGAUCAGCACAACCCCAAAGCCUUGCAUUGUUUCUUGCCCGAAAGAUCCUUGCAAGAGAAAUGCAACUUUAUUCGACAAAGCAAACUACCUGAAAAAUGGCUUCUCUUAUGGCAAUUGGCACGAUGGAUGCGGCCGUCAAUUUCUAUUUUUCUUGAAUAAUCCCUCAAAUUGGGCAGCUGCUUAUCAACAAUGCUGUGGAAUUGGCUUGACCCUGGCCUCGAUGGAGACUGAGGGGAAACGGCGAUGUUUAUUCAACGUAAUAACAACAGAAUACAAUUCUGAAAAUUUCGAUGACUUUUGGAUCUCUGGAACUGACUUGGGUUGCCCUUCUGACUACCACUGGUGCUCCCUGAAUCGGGAUUUCAUCAACCCUGAGAUCAGGUGGAAGGAUGGCCACCCCAAGGCGGGUCCUAACUGCGUUUAUCUCGAGGUGAGGAACGAAUCGAUGCUACUCGCCACCGCUGACUGCAAAGAGGAGAAAAUGUUCCUUUGCGACGUGAGGAAAAAUGCGACAAUCCGGAGGGGGAUGCAGGGAGAGUGCGCUGAGAUUUGGAACAUCACAUCUGAUCAAAUUGACUUGCUUCUGAAUGCCAGUGCUUUUCUUUCUGCAAACAUCUCUUUAAAUCUUAAAUGCUUUUUGAAAUGUAUCGGGGUUGAAGUUGGAUUGUUUGACCUUGGUGCUCUGGUGAAAAUUGCCACAUUAAGACAAAUAGAAUUCGUGUCCCAGGACGAACCUUUGAUAAUGCAACAAGGUUUUGAUACCUACGAUAUGUGCAGCAAAAUAAAUUCUGACGAUGAAUGCGUGACUGCAUAUGAAACCUACAAGUGCGGCCAGCAGAAUCAGCCGGAUUUAAUGUCCAAAAUAGUUGUUAAUAAUUUUGACAACGGGACAGUGUACACCCCUCCGAUGCCGUGCGCUCCAAUUCGCAGAACUUGUCAGCUUCCGAAUAUGAUUCCUUGCGAAAUAGACCAAACAAUUAUAGACACACUCACUGCUGGCCAAGGUUCAGAUACUCUCGGGCGUUCGGUAUCAUACCAAAAUCAGACAUAUUUCGUCAGCUUCCUUAAUGCUACGAAAGGACACAAUCCAGUGACGGCGUAUAGGCAGUGCUGCGCUCGCGGAAUGCGACUUUUCGAGCCUCGGACCCUCGCAGACCUCAAGUGGGCUUAUUCCUUGCACCCACCAGCUACUAAGUCCACCCCUGCGUAUAAUAUGAUCGUUGGCGAGACAGAUUUCAUAAACCAGACGCACGAGGUGUGGUGCCGCAGCCGAGUCGUUGUCCCAGACUCCCUUUACAACUCGGCCGUCAGAUACUCGUGCUUGAAGUCGUUCCUCUACGUGAAUGCUGGAAAAGUGGGCGUUUGGUACCAAGACGGCGUACCAGAUAUUUUCGCUUAUUUUAUCAGCUUAUUGGAGAACGCUACGACCAGAACGUACUUUGACUUUUUCGUCUGCGAGAACCCAUAAAAUAACAUUAAUUUCUUGUGUUUCU